AUGCCUUAUUCUGAAGGAUUUCGCUAUUGCCUCACGUGUAUCGAUAGAUUUACUCGAUGGCCUGAGGUAAUUCCAUUGGAAGAUCAAGAAGCGGCAACCGUAGCACGAGCUUUCUAUACGUAUUGGAUCGCAAGAUUUGGUACCCCUCUUCGUAUCACAACAGACCAGGGAAGACAAUUUGAGUCAUGCCUUUUCAAGCAACUUAAUAACUUGACUGGCACGAACCAUCUUAGAACCACGGCCUAUCAUCCGUCAGCAAAUGGCAUGGUGGAACGAAGCCAUCGGCAGCUUAAAGCCGCCAUUAAAUGUCAUCAAAAUAAUCGAUGGACAGAAACUUUUCCGACAGUCUUUUUGGGCAUCCUAGCAGCUUGGCGCGACGAUCUUAAAUCCACCUCUGCAGAAUUAGUCUAUGGAGAGCCACUUGGACUCCCUGGUGAAUUCCUAACGUCGAAAGAUAAUGCUGCCAAGUUCGACGACGCAGCUGAGUUUAACAAAGAUCUUCGACAUCACAUUCAGCAGAUCCGACCUGUCAAUGGUACACGACAUGGCGAGAGGAAAAACUUUGUUUUCAAGGACCUUGCAACCACAGAGUACGUAUUCAUUCGACAUGAUGGACCCAAAAAUGGAAUACAAAUGCCCUAUGAUGGUCCCUAUAGAGUCAUAAGUCGAAAUAAAAAAACUAUUGUCAUUGAUAUAAAGAAGAAAAAAGUUAGAGUAACUAUUGAUAGACUUAAACCGGCCUACAUCAUAGUAGACGACCAUUCUAAGGAAGAUAGUUCGAGAGAAAUUCAGACAUCUACACCGAAUACUAUUACAAAAGAGGAUCAAAGGACAUGUUCCGGAAGAAGAGUUCGUUUUCCAGACCGUCUCCAAGUAGGUUAUGCUUGA